AUGAGCGUUGAAGUGCGAUCGAACCGGGAGGGCGAUCAUGGCUUCCAGCGUCAGCAUCGUUGUCUGGUUGUCCAGACUCUGGAGAUGGGCGGUCGCGAAACUCCGGUGCGAACCGGUGCGAACGUUGCCACGGCCGCCGAUCCCUAUCUUAUCACCGAAAUCAUUGGAGGGAUCCAGUUGCUUAUCCCGCUGUCGGCAUCUGCUCACGGACGCGAACCCAAUGUGUGGAGAUAA